CAAGAACAUGCCAUGGCUAUCCAGUCCUUGAACGAUUUGAUUCUACAGCGUAACGAAAUAUUGAAUCGGAAAGUGGACUCUAUCAUGGAUUUAGAUUUGACUCAUGAAGAAGCUCAGGAAUGGGCAUCAUUAUACGCACUCUUGGGUACCUGGGCUUUUGUAGCACGUUCUUCUAAUCCACAAGAUAUUAGGACCCUUUAUUUCGAUCCAGCAGUAGUAUUGUUGGACCCCCUCGAUCAGAUUCGACGACGAGGUGCCAAAACAGUUUACUACCAAUAUGCAGAUUUUGCGGACAAGCAACUUCGUCAGCUCGAGGGUUCUGACGAAUACAAAAGGAAAAAAGACUGGGUAGCAAGACUCCAGGGUGAACUUGAUGACCUCAAAGAAAACUACAAAACAGCGCGCUCGCAAGCAGAAAAAGAAGACAUUCGCCGACAGAAGGAAAGGACUCAAAAAUUAUUAGAUAUCGAUGAGAAAGGCUUGAACGACUCCGAGUCCUCACUGAAAUCCUUCCUACAACAAGCAAUCGCUAUGUAUGCACACUACAUGGAAGUAUCCCAUGAUCAAGACCAGGAAAUUGCUAUAAGAUUCUGUGGCUUAUGGUUCUCGAAAUUUGAAAGCGAAGUUGCAGCAGAAAGUAUCAGAAAUGCGCUCCAAAAGAUCUCAACCUACAAGCUACUUUUCCUUUCUCAUCAAUUAACCGCUCGAUUGGGAACUGGGUCAACGAAAGAUGGAGGAAGACGAAAUCAGCGAUAUAUUCAUCAAUUGGUUGAAGCUAUGUGUAUUCAGCAUCCGUAUCACUCGUUACUUCAGGUCCUCACAGCAAAAGGAUCCGAACGCCCCUUGUCAAAUAACGAGCAGCCGUCAUCUGAAGAUCUAUACCCAGAGAGAAGCGAAGAAGCCCAAAAAAUCGUUGAUAAUGUUCGAAGCGCCAGUCAUCAACAAAGUGGCAGUAACUAUGACCGUCCAAAGUUCUUUCUCAACACAAUGGAAGAAGCGUUCGAGGCUUUCAUCGAAUGGGCAAGGUUCCCCAUAAAGCAACUGGGAUACAAAAGCGGGAUGAUGAUCUCGAUUCCACGAAGUAUCGCCCUGUAUCAUUGGACUUGGGACGAGACAACAAAACGAGACAGACCGGAGCCACUUCCAAUACCAGUGGUGACGGCAGAUCUCCCUGUCGAAAUGGAUGGACAAUAUAACAGAAUACCAACUCUACAUUAUUAUUUACGCCAAUAUAAUGUCGCAG